CGUGCGGACCGUGCUUGCCUCGCACUGUCGCCAUCUCGCACUCCCUGUCGGUGGUCGCCCCGCUCCUUGCCUUCUUCUCCCGGCUCCCCCACUCCACUCCACUCCACUCCACUCCCCUCCCCCUGUUUCCACUUCCCCCAGCCGGCGCGGCUCAGGCUCCGCGCUAAUGGCGGUCGACCCGCGGCAGGUGGUGGCGGGGUUCCUCACCCUCUCCAUGUUCGUCAUGCUCGGCAACAUGAUCAAGCACGACCACUUCUCCUCCCCCGGCCCCCAGCUGGGCUUGGAGGCAACAGGUGCAGAGUUUAACACAAUGAAGCUUGACGAUAAUGCUGAAAUGAGCAAUAUCAAUACGGGUGGAGUUGAGAACCUAAUGGACGCUGAUGAGGAGGUUAAACCUUGCUGGACCAUACCAAGUCCAAAAACUCAACCAUCUAAUGGUUACGUGACAUUCUCCUUGACUAUGGGACCAGAAUAUCACAUCUCACAGAUCACAGAUGCUGUGGUUGUUGCAAGGUAUCUAGGUGCAACACUUGUACUUCCAGAUAUAAGAGGAAAUGAAUUAGGAAACAAGAGAAAAUUCCAAGACAUGUACAAUGUGGAUAAAUUCAUGAGAAACCUGGAAGGUGUUGUGGAAGUAAUAGAGGAACUACCUGAUGAAGUGAGUGCUAAGAAGCCAGCACUUAUUAGAGUACCAAACCGAGUGACUGAAAGCUUCAUCACGGACACCAUCCAGCCCAUCUUCCAAACAAACAACUACUUAAGACUUGCGGUCAUUUUCUCCUCAGUGAGUUUAAGACCGAGGGAGACUAAUAACAAGGACUUGGAUGCGACUGCUUGCCUUGCAAUGUUCAGUGGCCUCGAAUUGAAACAUGAAUAUUCUGAAGUGGCCAGAAAAAUGCUGGAUGGUCUUAAAGAAUUAAGCAAGAAAUCAGAUGGGAAGGUCUUGGCAAUUGAUUUGCGGACCGACUUGCUAGAAAAGAAGGCUUGCAAAACAACCAGAGGCGCUAGAAGAAAAGGCUGCUAUAACACUGAUGAGGUUUUGGGUUUCCUGAGGAGUGUUGGCUUCUCUGCUAAUACAACCAUCUACUUGACUGAGACCUGGUGGCACAAAGGCCUCAAUGAUCUGAAGGAAGAAUUUCCAAACACCUAUACCAAGGAUGACAUAAUACCAGCUGAGAACAAAGGCGAGUUCCUGAAAGCCAGCAACGCCGACCUAGCGAGGGCUCUGGACCUCGAGAUCUGCUCCCAGAGCGACGUGUUCGUCCCAGCCAUCGCCGGCCUGUUCUAUGGCCACGUGACCGGUAAGAGGAUCGCGUCGGGCCGUACCCAAAUCCUCGUGCCUUCCCCUAGCGCCUCGACCCAGGCUUCAGACUUCAUCUCCACUUACAUCUCCAGCAAGAACCACCUCGCAUACAAAUGCUACUGCUAGCAUGGCUUUUCUACCGUCGCUAAUAAGAAGAUCGGCUGAAGCUAGCCGCUGGGCAGUGCUGCGCUCUGGGUGCAUAUACAAGUACCUCGAGUUGACAUGAUGUACACUAGUUAAGGUUUUGUUACGAGGAAUAUUAAUUGUCGUGUGUUGUAUGUUGGUUACUUGUUUGGGGAUUGAAAUUUGGUAUAACAGCGAGGAGCAAAGAAUUGCAAGUAUGCUGUAAAAUGAGCAUGAGGUCUACCUGUUGCUGCGGAAA